CAAAAGGAAAUAGAAGAAUGGGAAAGAAAACUGCUAGCUCAAGCUUCUCCAGCUUGUAUGGAGACCAUGUGGGAAAUUCCAGCUAUUGGGCAUUUUCUUUGUUUAGCCCAGCAAAUUCUAAAUUUGCCAGAAAUAGUCUUUUAUGAAUUGGAACGUUGUCUUCUGAUGCCUCAGUGUAAUGCUUUUCUUUCUAAAAUAAUGACUUCUCUGUUAAGUCCUCCUCAUCGGAGACCUACCUUACAUCGAAGACCUACUUUGCCUUAUAGGACCUGGGAGGCAGCACUGAGACAGAAAGUACAGCAGUGGUAUACUGCUGUAGGGCAGACUGAAAAUCCUGAUAACUGUGCUGAAAAGCUUGGGUUAUGUCCUCAGUUUUUUAAAGUUCUUGGAGAAGUUAAUCCAUUGGAAGAAAAACCUUUUCACGAACUGCCUUUUUACCAAAAAGUGUGGUUACUUAAGGGUCUCUGUGACUUUGUGUAUGAAACACAAAAAGAAGUUCAAGAUGCUGUACUUGGACAGCCUAUUCAUGAAUGCAGGGAAGUUAUCCUUGGUUAUGAUUAUUUAGAGAAUGCUUAUGUGCAUUUUCCACAGUUCUGUGGUGCAGAUGUACGGAUUUAUAAACAGAGACCUUUUCAGGCUCCAGAAUUUCCAGUUCCACCCAUUAAAAUACAAAGAGUACCUCGGAUUAAGCUGGAGAAAUUGAAAUGUGACUAUGUUAGUACAAGUAAUGGAGAACAUAGAUGUAGUAGAGGCCUGCACUCUGGCUUCAAGAAAGAGCAGGAACUUAAUUUUGAUGCAACUUGGGGUUCUGCUAAAAUGAACUUGGAAAAUCAUGACAUCUCUGUUGAAAUGGAUAUGACAUCUAGCUGUGAAAUUAGAAUUCGCAGGCCCUGUGAAAUUAAGAAAACUGAUUGUUACAAAGAAAAUUUAGAGGAACCAGGGAGUCCAGGGGAGGUUACUGGCUUUGAAGAGCCUCUUAGUCCAGGUGAAAUAAGGUUUAUAGAAAAUCAAGAAAAAUAUGGUGAAGCUUCCAGAGUAAAGCCUGAACCCAGUCCAUUAAAAGAAAAUGCUCUAAAAUCCUGCCAAAUACAUGUAAAUGGAAGUCACAGUGAUCAUCCAGAAAUUAACUGCCACAAAGUUGUAAGGGACAUUCUAUUAGAGCAGAGUCACAAAAAAAUCAAACUAACUAAAAUGAGGGCAAAAAAGAAGAAAAAGAAAAAAAAGAAAUUGAAAGAUGUUUUGAAUGAAAACUUACAGAGAAAACGUGAAAGUCUUCAUUCUCUGGCAUUCAAAUCUUACAAACCUGAGAUCCAGAAUAAAUUAUUGAUCAUCAAAAAGAAAGCAAAACACAAGAAGCACAAAUCUGGAAAAAAAUCCGUAUCUAAAAAAGCAAUCACAAAGAAGAGGAAAACUGUUACAAAGUCAUCUACUGUACCAGAAUUUCAGCUUAUUUGCACUAAUCUUGAUGAACUCAGGGAAUUAAUCACAAAAAUCGAGAAUGAACUCAAAGAUCUGGAAAACAGUAGAAAAAAAUCGGGCAAAUGGUAUCAUCGGAGGCAAGCAGUAAAAGAAUUGCAUGGUACGUUGAUACGCCUUUUAAAUGAAUUGCUGCCAUGGGAACCAAAGUUGAUGAAAGCUUUUCAAAGAAACAGGAGCCGCCUAAAGAAAGACUAUGAUGAUUUCAGAAGACAGCCUGAUCAUGAUAAAUUUACUAGAGAACUGUGGACUACUGAAGAAGGUGAAGGAGAUCCUGGAAAAGAAUCUCCUAAAGUAGAAAUUAAUGAUAUGAAACUGUCAGAAAUAGAUUUUCCUAUGGCCAGAAGCAAGUUGUUGAAAAAGGAAUUGCCUUUUAAAGAUGUUCCGAAGAUACUGCCUAAAACACUUAAACGACAGUCUAAACAAACCAAUUAUCUGGAUGAUAGCACAAAAGAGCUUUCCCCAAGAAAGAAAGCAAAGUUAAGCACAAAUGAGACAACAGUUGAGCUUGUAGAAGGUGAGAUGCAAAUUGACUGUUUGAAUGAAUUAAAGCAUGCAGAGCCACUGUUUCCAGAGUCAUUUGCCUCAAUGGAUUCAACACCAGUAUCUGUUCUCCAGAAAGGGACCAAACCUAUUCAGGCCUUGCUUGCAAAGAAUAUUGGGAACAAAGUGACCUUAACAAAUCAACUGCCCCCUUCCACAGGUAGAAGUGCUCCUACAGUGGAUAAACCAGUUAUAUCUCCUCUAGAAGCCAGCCCCAUAAAGCCAGCAUUGACCUGCCACACCAGUACAAAAGGUCCUUUACAAAUGGUAUACAAAAUGCCUUGUGGCCAGUGGUUGCCCAUAGAUCUCCAAAACAGCUCUGUGAAGAUUCAGAUGCAACCUGUGCUAGAUCCUAAAACAGGAGAAAAAAUCAUGCAGCAGGUUCUCAUUCUGCCCAAGAAUGUUGUGAUUCAGCACAAGGAAGGGAAAGCAGUUGCAAAAGAAAUACUGCCACUUCAACAGAAAGGUACAGAACAUCAUUGUUCAUCUUUCCCACAGACAGCAAAUGUAAACUGUUCUUUACCAUCAGUUCUUGUCAGCUCAGCAGGAACUGUUUCUAACCAACUAACUAAUAUAGUUUUCAAUAGGACAGUUACACCUUUGUCAAAUGUAAGUAGUGGUAGGCCACAGCCUUUGUCACCUGUAACCUCCAUAAGUAGUUUAUUAAUACCUCCAGUUAAGACUAGCCAGAGUGAGUCAGGAAAAGUCAAGAAUGCAGUUUCAGCAGCUACAUUCUCCCAGCCCAUUGCUUCAUCCACCAUCUCUUCAACAGUUCAGCCUCUGUUACCAGCAACAACACUAGGUGGAUCUACAAAUCCUGGUAGUUCCCUCAACUGUUUUGCACAACAAACUGCUGAUUCUUCUGAAGCAAAGCAAGAACUGAAAACUGUGUGUAUAAGAGAUUCACAGUCAAUUCUUGUUAGGACACGAGGUGGGAACACUGGAGUUGUAAAAGUACAGACCAGUCCAGAUCAAAAUUCACCCAACAGCUUAUCUGCAAGUUCAGUUUUCACUUUUGCUCCUCAUCUUCAGGCAUUUCUGGUGCCCAAAUCAACAUCAUCCUCUGUUUUUUCACCUGCAGUUGGAAUGACUACUACAUCUAGUCUCCCACCUUUUAGCCAAACACCAACUUCUGUUUCCAUUCCAUCUGGCUUUAAUCCAUCAGUGGGAAAGAAUCUCAAGCUUACAUUAGGCCAACCUUCCUGCAGUGGUAAUUUGGGUCACGUGAUAGAUAAAGCUUCACACAUGCCUUCUUCUCCCUUAAAGUCCUCUGUUUCUUCUGGUACUCUACUGCCAUCAACAGCAAAUAAUUCAGUAAGUGUAAUUAGCAUAUCAACAGGAAAUUUUGGACAAACCAGUGCAAAUGUUAUUCAUACUCCAAGUAAACAGCAACAAGUAGAUUAUUUCACAAAAAGUUUCCCUAUUACAAGAUCAGAAGCAACAGCAGCAACAAGUGGAGAUGUCAUCAGUGGGAGUGCAGUUCACAAACUUAUGCUGGUGUCAGCUCCCUCUAUUCUUUCUUCUGGCAGUGGAACUGCAAUUAAUGUGACACCUGCAUCAACAUCUACAGUUGUCUCAGCCCAGAAAUUAGUUUUUAUUAAUGCUCCAAUUCCCAGUGGCACUUCAACUCCAACUAUUGUGGCAGAACCAUUAAAACAAACUCUUCCUCCCCCCUUGAAUAAAACCUAUGUUAAGACUCCAGAACAACCCCAGUUAGUACUAAUUCCAUCUACAGUGGGAGCACCAUUAAAAAUAAAUUCAUCACCAACUGUGUCUCAGAUAAAAGAUGUGAAAAUUGGACUUAACAUAGGUCAAGCAAUUGUAAACAGUUCAGGCAGUGUGCCAGCUAUACCAUCAAUUAACUUAUUGCAAAAUGUAACCCCAAAAGGAGAAGAAAAAAGUACCAAGGGCUAUGUCUUGCCAUUGUCAACAAGUGGUAAUUCAAUUCCAGUAAACUCAAAUUUUGUGAGUCAAAAUAUUACUCCUGUUAAUGAAUCAGUGGUUUCUGCAACAAGAGCAGUAAACAUGUUUUCAGUAACAGGAGCAAAUGUGUCUUUGGGUUCUCUUUCGGUGACCUCAACCUCUGCUUCGGUUGGGACACGACCUCCUGUUUUAGUUAGUGGAAAUGAUACCUCUUCAAGAAUUAUGCCUAUUUUGUCAAACAGACUUUGCACAUCAAAUCUCGGAAACACUGUGGCUAUAUCAACUGUGAAAACAGGACAUCUUGCAUCAUCUGUUCUGAUUUCAACUACACAACCAGUGUCUCCUAAAUGUUUAACAUCGGCUUUGCAAAUCCCUGUUACUGUUGCUUUGCCUACACCUGUGAAUAUAUCCCCUAAAAUAAUCAACACAGUUCCACAAGUGGCAACAGUACCAGGAGCCACACGUUCUAUAUCUCUUUCUAAAAGACAAUCUCGGACUUCUGUCCAGUUUCAGUCACCAGGGAUUUCAGCUACAGUGCCAACAAAUAUAAACACAAAUAAACCUCAGACUGAAUUGCCACCCCUUUCACCAAGUCCAGGUAAAAUAAUUAAUAUUUCCAGUUUUGCUUCUCUGCCAAACCAGCAGAUGUCCCCUGCUUUAGUCAAAUCAACCCCCAGUCACAGUUCCGCUCCAGGUGGGUCUGUCAUUCACACCGCUACAGCACCAUCAAAUGUAAAUAGUGUGAUAGGGGGUCAGUUGAGUGAACCUUGUAUUCAGCAAAAAAUAGUCAUCAACACCAGUACACCUUUGGCACCUGGCACUCAGAUCAUGAUUAAUGGAACGCGGUUUGUUGUUCCACCACAAGGUCUUGGAGCUGGCAGCCAUGUUCUUCUUAUAUCUAGUAAUCCAAAAUAUGGACCUCCCUUAGUUCUUAACAGUGGCCAAGGCCUCCCACCUACAUCAGUAGAUAACCCUGCCCAGAAAAUUACACUAGUAUCAAAUAAUUCUUCAGGUGGGCACCCUGUGAAAUAUUCUCUAAGAAGCUCUACAAAAAUUGUCAACUCUCUUGGGAAUGCCAGUCCUCUACCCACAGUACAUACAACACCACAGAUCAUAAACACAACUGCUAAAGUUUCUGUUCCACCUCCCACACCAACAGUAUCAUUGACUUCAGUAAUUAAGUCUCCUUCUGCUACUCUUUUGGCUAAGACAUCUUUGGUUUCUGCCAUUUGCUCUACUAAUCCUCCAUUGCCAAGUAGCACAUCAGUAUUUCAUUUGGACACAUCAGUCAAAAAAUUGUUGGUUAGCCCGGAAGGAGCCAUUUUGAAUACCAUAAAUACUCCAGCAUCUAAGGUUUCUUCUCUCUCUCCAUCUCUCUCUCAAAUUGUUGUAUCUGCUAGUCGAAAUCCUGCCUCUGUCUUCCCUGCUUUUCACUCAUCUGACUUAGAGAAGCCCGACACAGCUGCAUCUUGAAUCUAGACUUAACGAGCCAGGUUUUAAAUAAUGGGGCAUUGUUUUGACUCCCAUAAAAAUUUUUAACUUUAUUACACUGUUGAAAACAUACUAUACAUAGUUGUGUGUAUGUGUUUUAAUGUAUCUUUUCAUUAGCUUGCAACAAGGCUUUGUUUUCUUGGGGAAGAAAAGAUCUAUUCCAUUUCACUUACUGAUAUGAAUAUGUUUUCAAAGGAUGUUUAAAAUAGACAAGAUUUACCCUGUCUAUAUUGCAUAAAUUGAACCAAGUCAAGUUUUACUAGUUUGGAGUAAGCUAGCCUUUUGCACACUUGCAUUGACAUGUUUCUUCUUGAAUUUGGACUAUUGCACCGUGUAUUUACAAUGUGAUAUUCUGUGUCAUUAGUGAAAUCUUGUUUUUGUUUCUGUAAAAAAAA